AUGAGCUUGACCAACUGGCUCGACAUAGAAGUGGCAGAUGUCAACGCGAAAUCCCAACCCAUCCCCUUCCACCGCCCGCACCCGAUGGAGAAGCAGUCUCUGAAAGUCCGCAUCGCCGUCCGCGACCUCUGGGAGCCGACUACGUCGCCCUCCUUUGCGCGGCUCAAAGAUGUUCUCGGUACUGCGCCAACAGUCAAUCCAGAGUGGGGCAUGCUCCACACCGCCCUCGGCGGGGUUUACAAUGACGACACGUUGUUUGUGCGACAGACAGCGAGCUUCGUCGCGGCGUGGGCCGAGGCAGCCAGCAGCGUGUGCAAGGACGAGGAGUUGGGCGACAAGAUGGUGGACAUGAUAGGAGGCACGACACUGCGCCUAUUCAUCGAUGUUUCGGCAGACAACAAGCCCGCGCAUGAGUGGAGCAAACAGCGUGGCGGCUUUGUUCUCUCCAUCCCGCGAGCUGUGCGCCAGGGGGAUGACUGUCGUGCAUUUUUCGGCGACGCUAUUCGCAAGACACUUGAAGUCUCACCUCCCGCUGCUGUCCCGCCUACCACUCUCGAGCCCGGGGCUGCGCCCGCGGCGCCUGGGUUGCGUGAGUCUAACGAUGACUGGGAGACUGUGCAUGUCGGACCCGCCUCAGCACGUCCCACUGUGCCCAAGCCCGAGUAUCUUCCGCUUGUUGGCUCCCUCCCCCGACCCGACGACCUCCUCCUCCGCCCACCGUACAACUUGCGCGUGCAGGCGUCCAGGAGCCUUGUCGUCGUCGAAAGCUCACACUCACCAACACUGCAACUGCUGCAUGACUACCUUACUCAGUGGUGCCGUGUCAACCACCACCGCACGGAUGAGCCUCCUCUGAUUGACAUCACUCUGCAUCUCUCGCCCUUUGCGCUUGGGCAGACGUUCGACCGCCUCGAACUGGAGGGUGGCAAACAGCUGCGGGAUGUCCUCCCCACAGCGAGCAUUGUGCUGAACAUCGUCGAGGGCGUGCUAGGGUACGAUCGAGUUGACAGCACCGCGUCGAGCUGGCUUUACUGCCGUACCGAACCGUUCCGGGCGUAG